AAAACCUUGAUACAGUCGCCUAGGCUUCCUUGGGUCAAACACGCUCACAACAGACAUCUCACGUCACAACGUUGGCUCAAAUUUGGUGCUUUUUCUUGACUUACGAUGGAGCGAAAAGUGGCUCGCGAAUUCAGACACAAGGUGGAGUUGCUGAUCGAAAAUGAGGCAGAAAAGGACUACUUGUACGAUGUUCUUCGCAUGUAUCAUCAAUCCAUGGACCUGCCCGUGCUGGUCGGCGACCUGAAGCUGGUCAUCAACGAACCCAAGCGUUUGCCCCUUUUCGACGCCAUCCGUCCGCUCAUCCCUCUCAAACACCAGGUGGAGUACGACCUGCAAACUCCCAAGCGCUCCAGGAAGCUAAAAGAGGUGCGCUUGGAUCGAACGCAUCGCGACGGCCUGGGUCUGAGCGUCCGAGGCGGUCUGGAAUUCGGCUGCGGUCUCUACAUCUCGCAAAUCGUCAAAGACGGACAAGCCGGAAACGUCGGUCUUCAGGUCGGCGACGAGAUCGUUCGCAUCAACGGAUAUUCCAUCUCUUCCUGCAUACACGAGGAAGUCAUCAGUUUGAUCAAGACCAAGAAGAUCGUCUCGCUCAAAGUUAGACAUGUGGGGAUGAUUCCUGUCAAAAGCUCAUCGGACGAACCCCUCAAAUGGCAGUUUGUCGAUCAGUUUGUGUCCGAAUCUGGGGAGAAAAAAAGCAGCGUUGCCGGCUUGGCCUCCAUCGGAGGGAAGGAAAUCAAGGAGAAGAAGGUCUUCCUCAGCCUGGUGGGUACCAAAGGAAUGGGCAUCAGCAUCUCCAGCGGUCCCACGCAGAAACCCGGCAUCUACAUCAGCAACGUCAAACCCGGUUCGCUAUCGGCGGAGGUUGGACUUCAGAUUGGGGACCAGAUUGUAGAAGUCAAUGGGGUGGACUUCACCAAUGUGGACCACAAGGAGGCUGUAAGAGUGCUGAAAAGCAGCAGGAGUCUGACCAUUACCGUUCUGACCGGAGCCGGCAGCGAACUGUUCAUGACGGACGAGGAGCGUCUGGCUUUGGAGGCGCGACGGGAGCUGGAGCGGCAGGAGCUGAUGCAUCAGAAGAGGGUGGCUCUGGAGACCAACAAGAUCCUUAAAGAGCAGCAGGAGAAGGAGAGGCAGAGGAAGAUGGAAAUCUCCCAAAAAGCUGCAGAAGAAGAACAACGCUACAAACAAGAAAUGGAACGAAUCGAGGCGGCGGAGCGGAAACACCACAGAGAGUGGGAAGAAGACUACGGUACCCCCGAGCGCUCUCAGAGAACCCCGUCGCCCGCCCCGCCCGAAAUGAAAAGCGCCUCGCCGCCGAAAGCCAAAAGCUCUCCAUUUGGCUGGUUUUACCGCUACGAGGGGAAACUUCCUUCAUUCCGCAAGAAAGGUGAGAAGAAGAAGAAAAAGAAAAAAAUGUCCAGCGUGGACACCCUGCAGGAGCAGAGAAAAAACAAAAAGGAGAUGGAGUUUGAGCUGAAGUUGGCCAAGGAGAAAGAAGAGAUGUACGAGCGAGAGAAGCAGUUGAAGAUCAACAGGCUGGUUCAGGAGGUUUCCGAGACGGAGAGAGAAGAUCUGGAAGAGUCGGAAAAAGUCCAGCACUGGGUUGAACGUCUUUGUCAGACUCGCUUGGAGCAAAUUUCCUGCGUGGAGAACGAGUCACCUGAGUUGUCCCCUCCGCUCUCCCCUCCUUCGGAGCCCAAAGUCAAACGUUUCCCCGGAGGUUUGCACCUGGCCACCACCGACCUGGACGACAUUAAUUUGGAUGAGGUGGAUCAGAGCCUGAAGGGGCCCCUGAAGAGAUUGGCCCCCACGGCCCCGACGACGAUAAGCCAGCCUCCUCCUCCUCUGCCUCUGCCGCCCCCUUCGCCCAAACUCAACCCCACCCUCCCCAACCGGAAACCCCCUUCCACCUCGUCCACCGUGACCAGAGGGCGCCGAGCCCGAGCGUCUCGAGCUUCCCCUCAGCCCACCCCGCCGCCGCCGCCACCCCCUCCUCCUCCUCCGCCCCCGCCCCCUCCGCCGCCACCUCCGCCGCCCCAGCAUCAUCACCCGUCUUCACCCGCGAGCCCACCUGAGCGCAGGAGCGAGUGGGAGGCGGGGGGCUACCUCCCGAGGGGCGGCAUCUACUCAGCUAGCGCUAGCGAAAUGUCCUACCCGUCUAGUCCGAAGGUUGUGAGAAAUACCUCCCAUGCCAGUCGCAUUUCUACUCCUUCCUUGCAACUAGCGCCCAGUCCUCCGAACCGGCGACGUCCGCCGGCGGCCGUCAUGUCCAAGCCCGUCAUGCUGCCGCAUUCGCAGAACCGCCGACCGGAGCCUCUCAGACCUGCGCUUCGUUCCGACGGACCGCCAGCGGAAAUGUUGAAACGGAUGGUGCCUUUCAACUCCUCUUUUAAAUCCAACAACAAAGCACAAGGCUUUCAGAAAUACUUGGAGGAUUUCGAUCCACACUCCAUGUUCUCAUCAGAGCAGAUUGCCGGAAGAGACGUGAGACUGCUGAGAAUCCGAAAGGAGGGACAGCUGGAUUUGGCGCUGGAGGGGGGCGCCGACUCGCCUUUGGGGAAAUUAGUAGUGUCGUCCGUGUACGAGGGCGGAGCUGCAGACAAGCACGGUGGCAUUGUCCCAGGCGAUGAGCUGAUGGCCGUCAAUGGAAAGAUCUUGUUAGAUGCUCCACUCAAUGAAGGGCAGAAUUCCCUGGCAAGAGCCUGGAAUAGCGGAGGGGACUGGAUCGAUGUUGUGAUUGCAGUGUCGCCGCCGAAACAUUACGAAGAUGAAGUCGCAAAGUCAGCAUCAGUCAGUCCCAGUGUGAACAGAAAAGGCAGCAGCGCAACACUGUACAGGCACGGCUACCUGCUGCAGCCCUAAGCCUCCAUCCGAACAUUCUUCUAGUCGCUGCCAUGGAGAAGCCUUCAUUGGAUUUUCAUUGUG